CAAUAGUAAAUUAUACAAUAACCAGGGGAAAAAGUGAUGAACUAAAAUUCGACACGAAAAAAUUGGGGGGGGGGGGAACCAAAUGAAACGACGUCGUACCACCGACCGAACUCAUCAUCUGUGACUGAAAGUACUAAGCGGAGUCUCGUACCCAGUUGAGAUUUGCACACAACGACAACAUUAAAAACCUCCCAGAAAAUUCCCUUCCAGUUUCUAACUAUUUGCAAUUCAAUCUUCCAAAUAUUGUCGACAAUAGAUGGAAUUCGAUAACCCUCAAAUUUAUCACGAGAGGCAAAGAUUGCAGUUCUGCCUCUUGCACGCACUCAACAAUCUCUUCCAGCGAAAGGAUGAGUUUACUCGAGCGAGCUUGGAUGCAAUUGCUCAGAAACUCGUUUUGGAUGAUCCAAACAAGCAGAACUGGACACCCUUUUCUGUUGUCUUCAAGCCUCAUCAUAAUUCCCUCACUGGAAACUAUGACAUUAAUGUCUUAAUAGCCGCCCUUGAAGAGAAAGGUAAGACUGUAGUUUGGCAUGACCGUCGAAAUGGGGCUUCCUCAAUUCAUCUUGAGAAUCAUAGUAAUGGGUCUGAAGAUAGUAAAUUGUUUGGUAUUGUGCUUAAUGUUCAAGUUAGACGAUAUGCUGGCCUUUGGAAGAGUAGGCAUUGGGUUGCUUUGAGAAAUAUUUGUGGGGUUUGGUAUAAUUUGGAUAGUGAUCUUAGAGAGCCUAUGGCUUUUCAGGAUGCUGAUGAGGUUAGGGCAUUCUUGGAUUACAUUAUUGGUCAGGAUGGGGAAGUGUUGCUUGUCAUGAAUGAGAAAGAGUGAUUUUUCUCUUCAUGUUUUGAGGGGUGAUAAAACUUUGUAUACAUCAAUCUUUUUGUGUAUUAACACUUUAGAACAAAUGGAAAACAAUAGUCUUUCUUCAA